AUGCCCGCCGCCCUAGCCGCCCUGAAAAAGAUACAGGCCACCCUGGCAUCAGCAUGGUCAGGCUGCGAGGAAAGGAAGAAACCCGUCACAGCAUCACAUGGACCUUGGCUAGAGCCAGGUCCCCUCCCGCGCGCUACUAAGACUUGGGGUUGUCGACUACCUAAGCUGGAUUUGGUUGCCGAAGCCUAUAAAAAACACCAGAAUGAUAACGGCAAGCAUGAAGUCGACGCAUCUCUCUCGACGAAGCUAGCGGGCGACCUGGCAAGGCCGUUUGGCCAAUCAACGGGGCGAGGGUUCUCGUUCACACGGUUUAGAAUCGACCACUUUUACUCGACACUCGUUAUGCGGCAACAAGAUGCGUUUGCGCCCUGGAUCGGCCCUGACCGCACAGUCUCGCUGCAAACGCUUUACGAAAUUGGCCGUCUCGUUACGCACGCCGACCCCAUCUGCGGACACCUCCAGUGGGGGGAGGAAUAUUCCUUCCUCGUCCCGAACCUGGCAAACUUCGGUCUCCACCAGCGCUUCAGCGAGGACGAGACUCGCCGAAUCACCGCCUUCUCGUUCCCCAUCGCCGCUCUCAAUAAUGAGGUUGCCCCCUUGAUGGCGGGGGAAACAGCUAAUAUGCACCCGCGGCUUCGGUCAUCGUAUUCGGCUCCCCGUCGGCCCGAGGGACGGCUCUUGGUGUUCACCGUGUGGAAAUCCUUGGGUAAGGGGUUUGCGAGGUGCAUGUACUGGAGGCCGCAUCAGACGUCGGCACCGCCCGAGCGCCUGUACCCGCUGGGCCAUAUACGCUAUUGUUUUGAUGCGGCUCAUGCGGGCGAACACACGUACAAAAUCGAUGUCGCCGAAAUCCAACAGUGCAUUGCUUCGGUCCUUGAGAGUCGGAGAGAGGCACCUCCCGAGUAUGCCGCUGUCGUGGAGCCGGGUUAUUGGGUUAUUGAGAUGGAUAAGGAAGAAUAG